AAUCGAAAGAGUCGAAUGUGUAUAUCAAAACCGCAAACAAACCUUUUUGUUGUAUUGUGCGUUGUUUUCUGCGCCCGCAGCGAAAUAGUUGAACCAAUAAACGCAUUGUAGCGCGAAAUUAUUGGGAACCUGCGUAGGAAACGUGACGCUAUCAUUGUGUGCGCCUUUAAGUGAACAAACGCUAAGUGAACGCCUUCAAAAUGAUGAACGAGGCAGCCCUGGCCAACAUGAUUCCGUACGACACAAUUGGACUCUAUGAGCAGCCGAAGCCCCGUUUUAUCUUCAAGAUGCCACGCGUGGUGCCCGACCAGAAGUCCAAGUUCGAGAGCGACGAGCUGUUCCGGCGACUCAGCCGCGAGAGCGAGAUUCGCUACACGGGCUACCGCGAGCGCAGCAUCGAGGAGCGCCAGGUGCGCUUCAUGAACGGCUGCCGCGAGGGACACACGGAGACGAGUUUUGUGGCCUCGGGCACUAACCUACAGCUGGUGUUCAACGCCAAUCAGAACCCCUAUCUGCACGACAAAGAGUGCGACUUUGACAAGGAGCACGGCAAAGUGCACAUCAAAUCCUACUUCAUAAUGAACGGCGUGUGUGUGCGCUUCCGCGGCUGGCUGGACCUGGAGCGUCUCGAUGGCGUGGGCUGCCUGGAGUACGACGAGCGCCGUGCCAUGCACGAGGAUGCUAUUUUGCGUGACCAAAUCGACCGCUACAACCAGCGGCUGCGCGAGUUCGAGGACACCAAGCGUGCGUAUCGCGACAAUCGGCAGGAUGAGAUGGAGGCUGUGCGCCGUGGCGUUGCCUCCGGCGGCAUUGGUGUGGGCGCCAGCAUGUGGCGGCGUUAGUUGGACCUGUGGACGGCACCAGCGCCGUCCCUGCAGCAUCACGAUCAUCACGACCACGAACAGCAGCCGCAGCCGCAGCCGCUGCCACAGCAGCAGCAAGAGACUCAAUUUGCAAAUACUCAAUAUUUUAUGGACAACUGAAAAUGCUCCGCCUAGCGCCUACGACCAUGUGGGAUAGGCAUGAUCCAACAUAUGCUCCACCCUAGACUAGUUUUAGCUCUAAUUAAUGCUUACUUUACGGUAUGCUUCUCUAUGGUAUUAAACAUUACAAUUAAAUGUGAAUUUUAGUGUCGUCUUACAACCAUAAAUAUAAUCCACAUAAAUAACUA